AUGAACCAAUCCUCCCCCUCUGAUGACGAUCAUAUCGCAUUAAUCCACACACUAUAUUCUCAACUCAAGCUAUAUCCUCAACCAUCGCAAUACACUAUCCUGUCUGCGCUCUAUCUCACGUCGAGCACCAGCUCCGAAUGCAAAAUAAUUUCUUUGGGCACUGGGACCAAAUGUCUACCCAAGUGUCGCCUUCCAAUUCGAGGAGAAGCCGUCCACGAUAGCCACGCGGAGGUUGUAGCGCGUCGUGGAGCUAUUAGGUGGAUUCUAGAGGAAACUAUACGCGAGAGAGUUCAAGGUAGUGGAUGGAUUGAACGCCACGCGGACAAGUACCGAUUUAGAAAAGGGAUACAAAUUCGUAUGUAUGUCUCUACUGUCCCUUGCGGAGACGCCUCCACACGAUUUCUCGCUGCCUCCCAGGAUCCUAAGAUGGCCUUUCUGAAAGAUUCUGCUGUCAUGGCACACAUAGAAGGUACCACUGCCCGUGGUCGGGAUAACUACCAUUUAUUCAAUGUUCUCCGCACGAAGCCCGGCAGAGCAGAUUCGCCACCGACGCUUUCCUUGUCCUGUAGUGAUAAGAUUGCCAGCUGGUCAUGGCUUGGCAUACAGGGAGCCUUUGGUGCAAAACUUUUCGAGGGAGGGACUUACAUACAGAAAAUCAUCAUCGGCGAAGUGCUUCCUUCGCGAAACGUAGAUCUCAUUAAAAUCGUCAAGGACGAUUGUGAACGUGCAUUAGGUGGAAGGCUGGAAGGUCUUUUGCCUACCAAUCAAGGACCUUAUUCACUACAAAAACCCGUCAUCGCGUUCACGCCUGUUCCUUUCAUACACUCGCGGCUUACUCUUCCUACUCCUCCUCAGACCUUAUUGUCUUCGUCGUCGUUCUUUCCAGAUUCUGACCACUUUCGCAAUUCUCCGUCUAAUGGGACUGUUCAAGUCCUCAUUAAUGGCUACAAACGCGGAGUUUCUCCUAAACAUCGACAGAAAAUGCAAAACAGCAAGUUUAUGUGA